AGUCAAGUUCAGUGGAAAAUUUCAAAAGUUUUAGGAAUGUUUAAAACAGCAAUGAAGUUUCUAUUUGAACUAUUACUCAAAACAUUUGUAAUACUUUUUAUUGUUUUUGGAUUAUUUAUAAGUUGCGUUAACGGUGAAAGCAUAAGUCGAGCAAACAAUUGCAUCCAAUGUGACUCAGCAAAUGAAAAUGAGAGAAAUUGUGGCAACAUAAAAGACUCAUAUGAGGUGAGUGUUCAACUGUGUGAUCCAAUUCUUGGUUGUUUCACGGAGAUUUAUCAG